CUGUUUGCAUCAUCAAAUACUUGAAACCUAAUUAUGGAUGAAAUUAUUGAAAAUUAGACGAGCUCAGACAACUAAAAAAGCUGGAGAAAAAAAACUGCAGUGAUCAAUGACUAUAGCUGGUUUUACUUUUUAAGAAGUUACAGAACCUAACUGCAAUCAAUCAAAAGCUAAUACUCAAGUGCUGUGUAUUUUUCUUUUAACAGUAAAUGAAAUCCAUAACUUGAUAAGAGGUGAAUAGGUGAAUUUUCUAAACUUUUUUGCAGUCUAACCACAGUAGUUCUAACCUCCAUUUGGUGACAUUCACUCUUGCCUCUCACUUCUCUUCAACACUCUCCUUGUCUGCUUCAAUGUCUGGGCUUUAUCCAGCCUGCUUUCAAAAUCACAUAGUGUAACAGAUCUGGCAGACACUUUUGUGUGUUGUAGUACCUCCAAUCAAACUGAUCUGUGGGGGUGAAAGAAUGCCGAGGAUAUGUGAUAUGCUCAAUUGUACCAGUUCAUCCCUCAAUUAAGUUUGUUGUACUUGACAAGCAUCCAAAAACAUCCAAUCUUAAAGCGGCAUACUCUGUUGCAUGGGUACACACAAGCAUACACCUGGGAAACAGACCUCUAGAGAAGUCAUCAAUCAGUUUUAUGGGACUGCUCUGGGAGACUUUCUUUUGUUUCCCUUUCAAUUCAGUUGUUCUUUUUUCAUUCGCUCCCCUUGCCUCAUUCUCACUCACUAUUUCCAUAUGUGUCAGCUUUAGAUCCUCUCCAGAGAGGGAGCGCCUCGUUCCUGGGGUUACCCAAAGUGUUGUUUCAAUUGCGCAUUGAACUAUGAAUUGACACCCGCGAGGGUACAAGUUCAAGAUCAUGGUGCAUAACCAAAAUUUCCUUAGGUGAUAUUUUCUCAGCUGAAAAGUAAGGGGAUAAAAUGUGCGUGUCUUUCUUUUGCGCAGACAUUCCAAAUGUACUUAAUGCAUGUGCAUGCAUUCGUGUGUGUUUGUGUGUGUGUGUGUGUGUGUGUGUGUGUUCUAUGCCUGUGAAGGAGUUGACGUCAGGGUGAUAUGUAACCAUGCCGGGGCGCACCGAAUGCAACAGGAACUUGCACUGCUCAGCCUCAGGAUAUCUGUUCACUUGUCGUAAUCUUAUUAAUCAACCAGGACGCGGCUACACUGGUAACCCGAAUUGAAGCACACAUGGCUUGAUGACAUCAUGUCCAGAUAUCACUCCCCUCCUUUCCAGAUACUCUUCUACCUCCUCUUCACCCUCUUCCCUCUCUCCCUUCUUUCUCCUCUUCUUUCUCAGUCUCCUCUCAGCUGGACCUCUCCUCAUGACCCCUGCUAUCACCUGGAUGGGCGUCCACGCCACUGCCUAUCUGAGUUCAUCAAUACGGCCUAUGGGGUACCUGUGACGGUGGAGGACCUCCAGCAAGGACCCAAGACGAACAUUAGCACUUUAACAGAUCUUCAUAACCCUCACAAUCUCACGUGCUGGACGGCUGCCGAAGGCUUGGGGGGUGGGGACUUGACUUUAACAGUUCCCCUUGGCAGACGCUUUGAAAUCACUUACAUUAGUCUUCAGUUUUGUCAACAGGUGGAGUCGGUGGAAUCCUACUCCAUAUCCAUCUUGAAGUCAAUGGACUUUGGCAGGAGCUGGCGCCCCCUACAGUUUUAUUCAAGCGACUGCAUGGGCACAUUCGGCCGUCCUGUGCAGUCCAUCGCUCAGACAAAGCACCAGGAGACGGAGCCGCUAUGUUCAGAUCCCAGACCAUUGCAGAAGCAUCGUGGAAAUGUCGUGCUGGCCUUCUCGACUUUGGAUGGACGUCCUUCCUCGCCAGAUUUCGACUACAGUCCAGGGCUCCAAGAUUGGGUGACUGCAACAGACAUAAGGAUAGUAUUUCAUCAGUCAUUGGAUAAAAUUGAAAAGCAAGAAGAGAAACUCAACAAAGUGAGAGGCACAUUUGGAUGGAGGGAAAGAGGAGACAAAGCUCUGAGGUUUGGUGAGAAAAGCACUGGAGUUAAGACCUCUGAAAUUUGGAAAAACAGGCAAGAAAUACAGACUCCUACACAGAGAAUUAGAAACAAAAGCACUCUGCACCAAAGUGGCCACAACGUUACUCGAAAGGAGAUGGGACCUCAAGGAAGAGUGGGAAGGGGACGUAAGAAGGACAGUAACAAGCCAUGCCAGGACGGCACAUGUGAUUGGUCCCUAAAUAUUCCUGAGCAGGGCUCCAAAGGGCAAGAGUUGAGGAGAAGAAGAAACAACGCAGGGAGGGGAAAGUCCCAUUCUAAAUCGAGAAAAAAAAAUGCCCCACGCAACCUCGUUUCAUCAUCACGUUAUGCCCCAUUGAAACCCUCUCUCGCGCUUUCCGACCUGCAGGUCGGGGGAAGAUGCAAGUGCAAUGGCCACGCCUCUCGCUGUCGACGAGACAACCAGGGGCGUGCCGUGUGUCAGUGUGAGCAUCACACAUCUGGGCCGGACUGUGAUGUGUGUGAGCAGUUUUUUUACGAUCGCCCGUGGCAACGGGCCACGCCCAGCCAGCCACACCCGUGCGUCCCAUGUGAAUGUAACGGUCACUCAACUAAGUGUAGGUUCAGUAUGGCCGUGUAUCAGCAGUCUGGUCGAGUCAGUGGAGGCAUUUGUUUGAAGUGUCGGCAUCACACAAUGGGACGCCACUGUCAGUUCUGCCAGAACGGAUAUACCCGAGACCACAGCAAACCGCUCAGCCACCGCAAGGCCUGCCAACCAUGCAAGUGCCACCCCGUGGGUGCAGUGGGCCGUUGGUGUAACCAGUCCACAGGACAGUGUUUGUGUAGAGAAGGAGUCACAGGACAGAGGUGUAACCGCUGUGCCCCGGGAUACAAGCAAGGUCAUUCCCCUCUCCAGCCAUGUAUUCGUAUUCAGGAGUUUGCACCACCCACCCCAGUUUACCAGCCUCAGUACAGCAUUGGGGAGAAAUGUCUUUCUUACUGUCCACCUUCCCAAGCAAGAGUCAAAAUGAAUUUAGAGAUGUACUGUCUCAAGGACUAUGUGCUGAAGGUGCAGGUCAAAAGUAAGGAACGUUCUGGUCCCUGGUGGCAGUUUUCCAUAUUGGUGCAGUCAGUUUUUCGCAUGGGCUCUACACAUGUAAAGCGAGGCAUUCAGGCCCUCUGGAUUCCAGAUCGGGACCAGAGCUGCGGUUGUCCUGCGCUUCAGAUAGGUCGCACCUUCCUCCUGAUUGGAGGGGAGGAAAGCAGCCAGAGUUGGGUCCCUGAGGAGAGACGGUUAGUUGCUGACCGCACCACAAUGGCUUUGCAGUGGAGGGAACACUGGAGUCCCAAAUUAAGAGGCUUCCGUGGGCAAGACACUCGGGGAAAGUGCCCACAGGGAAACACCACUGCACAGAAACACUCUCACCCAAACUCAUACGAAGAAUACAUACCCCCACAUCUUAACAAACUGCAGUCUGAGCCACACAGACCAAAUAAACGUACACAUACGGUGCAUAAACAGCAUCAUUUAACCACACAAUCUGGAGGAUCAGACUUCACACACACACACAAAAGAGGAGGAACUCAGGGCACACAAAGAAAAGACACAGAAACUCACCUUGAGGAGGACAGCGAGGCUGAAAACGUCACUCAGGAACCACAACAUGUGUUGCAGCACACCCAGGAUCCUUUCUCAGGUACUUCAAAGACGAGUCAAGCCAAUGAGCAUGAGCAGUACCACCCCACAGCAUGUCCAACAUGGUCACCUGGGCCAGCUGUCUAACAAAUUUAGAUAUUGUGAGCAGGAAUAGAAAAGAAAGUUAAAGGAAUUGUAAAAAAAAAAAAAAAGCCAAUUAGCUAAAAAAAAAAAAAAAAAAAACUUGCUCUCAGGACAUCCAAAAUGAAGAUGAGUUUUUUUCUUCAUUGAAACACAUUUGGAGAAAUUUAGCAUUAAAUACUUGUUCACCAAUGGAUCAUCUGCAGUGAAUGGGUGCCGUCAGAAUGAGAGUCUAAGCAACUGAUAAAAAGAUCUCAAUAAUCCACAAGAAAUCCAGAAAACUCCAAUCCAACAAUUAACAUCUUGUGAAGUGAAAAGCUGUGUAUUUGUAACUUUUCUGAUGAAGAAACAAACUCAUCUACAUCUUGAUUGACCUGAGGGUGAAUAAAUGAACAAAUAUUCAUUUUUGUGAACUAUUCCUUUAAGAAAUGCCUGAGGUGGGCUUGAGCUUCACAGAGCCAAUCAUAACAACUGAAUACUUUUGUGGGAGUAUUUUUGUAUGGUGUGCUAUAUAUAAAUAUUCAUCCCCAGAUUACAGAGCUAUUUGUAUUAUUAUUAUAUAAAUAUAUUUGUUUUUCAGAUUAAACAUGCAGGCAUUUUUCAUGUCACAUUCUCUGAGAAAGAAAUUUUGCACUUUCCCUCUAGAAAGAGAUGAGUCUAAUCCAAACAUUAAAAGAUUUAAAAUCGCAUGUUUUCUCAAGAUAUAAUUUAAAUGUAAUCCUGCUCAGUCCGCAGUAUUUAGUCUGACAGUGAGACAUGUGAGACUCUUAUUGCUGGAUUGUAAGAGGCACAUUGUUUUCAGAUCAGCAGCUGACAAUUUUGUCCAAUCUGGUCUCUAUCACUGACAGACAUGUUAAGUGUGGCUAAAGAUUGUGUGCACACAGUUAGUAAUUACAUUUUCUAUUGUUUUUGUAAAUUUCUGUGGCUAUCACACACACAUAUAUAUAUAUAUGAAUCACAUUGGCAGUGAAUUCAGAAUUUUUAAGUCUCAUUGUGACUAUUUUAAGCUAGCUAUCAUAUAAUAUGUAAAUGUUAUCAUUAUUUGUGUAACAAAAUGUGACAAAACUUUUUUUUCUGUUUAAAUGAACGCUCUACCUCAUAAUAAAUAUUGUUAACA